AUGGAUGCUCUCGAGCAAAUGCCAAACUAUGCCAAAUUUAUGAAGGAGGUUAUGUCCAAGAAGCGCAAACUCGAAGACUAUGAGAUAGUGAAGCUUACGGAAGAAUGUAAUGCUACCAUAAAAAGACAACUACCGGAGAAAUUGAAGGAUCCUGGUAGUUUUACCAUCCCAUGCAUCAUUGGAGAACUUCACAUUGAGAAGGCCUUGUGUGAUCUUGGGGCUAGCAUCAAUCUCACGCCCCUCUCUAUCUUCUGGAAACUCAACCUUGGAGAGAUCACACCUACCACCAUCUCACUACAAUUGCCGGACCGCUCUCUCACCUACCCUAAAGGUAUUAUCGAGGAUGUCCUGGUUAAAAUUAAUAAAUUCAUUUUUUCGGUUGACUUUGUGGUGUUAGACAUGGAGGAGGACCAAGAAAUUCAUAUUAUUUUGGGCCGACCUUUUCUUGCUAUCGGGAAGGCUUUGAUUGAUGUCCAUGAUGGUAACUUGACACUUCGGGUGAACGACGAAGAGGUAAAGUUCAACAUUAGUAACGCCAUAAAAUUUCUAGAAGAGCGACCAAGUUGUAACUGGGUGGAUGUGGUGGCCCCGUGCUUGUAA